GUUGACACUUAAAUACCAAAAGAUCUUAGAGUUUAUACUCUAAAUCUCUCCAAGAUAUAUAAAUACCUUCAGCUAUUUCCCGAAUGGGGAAAGGGAAAGGUUAUCCUUUUUCAUUUUCCAACUUGCCUUCAGCGGCAUCCAGCUCCUUCCAAGAAGAUAGGUGCAGGGACACCUCACGGCAGAGCCCCUCCCUGGUCUUGGCCCUGCCUGGCGGCUCCAUGCCCUCUUCUUUUGAUUCUCCCAAACAUGGUUCGCUUAUUUGUGCAGGAUGGUGAGCAUUUUUUACCACCUUAAUUUUUUUUCUCUUUCCAAGAAAGCCAGACUCACACUCGCCACUAUGACCCCCAUCUGUAUCUUUAGUUCAAACCUAGCCAGCCUUUUCAAGGCAUCUUUGUCACCCAAGGUACUGGAAGUUUGGAUAGCACAUCUCUUCUUUGGUGUUUCUGUUUCCCGCUUUCUUCUGUAGGAUGAGUAGCAGGAAAUGCGCCGAGCCUUCUGAGUUUCUGCCCUGCACAUCCCCGACUCUAAGGCUUUGCAAGGAAGGAGGGGAGGUGUGUUUACCAUUUCCUCAGCCACAGCUCCCUGGCCCUCACCCUCUCCUCACUGUCUCCACUCUCCCUACAGUUCUGGAGCUCCUCUAGCAGACUGGUGUUCCCCUCAACUCCCCGAAGGUGCAGCAUACCCAGGAGAAGGCUCCUCGGAUGUCAGCGCCUCUAAAGCAGCCCAAGGCUCGCCUCAACUGCAUGGUUUCCCGAGUCCUCAGCUCCAGAAGACCAGGCGGCCAGGCGGGCGACCGGUACGCAGCGGCGCAGCCCCCACGCCUCUGGCUCUGCCGCGUGAUUCCAAACCCCGGCAGGCAACGAGGAGGAGGGGGUUUCUCCAAGGGCAAGGGGUAGGGUGAAGAGGCCGGCAGGGAGGAUGUAGGGGAGGUGGAUCCCGGGUAAGACGAAGGCCCUUCCGGGACUUGAAUAUCCCUGACAAACCGCGAGGGAAGCCGCUUUGGUUGUUGGCGGUUUAGGGACGGAAGGCACUAAAGCGCUUCGGAAGUGACCAUGAAUGCGAGCGUGUAAUCAAGUCACCGUGCAAAUCGGGCAAGCCACGAGGCAGGCACAUCCACGGCUGCAAACCCUGGCCCCGAAAGGGGUCCGGCCAGGGUCGAAGGAAGAGAUGGUUCCCAGAACAAGCCUGUGGGAGGGGGACAGCGAAGAAGGAGGUGCGAACGCGAGCCUCCAGGCGAACAGAUUCCAAGACCACGCACGGGCCACGCAGCGACGAGCUUUCACCCAGCCACCCCCAGUCUGUGGCAUCCCUCACCCGGGGAGUGGUGGGUGGCAGGAGCUGAGCUCUCUCAUCGCCCUCGGCGCACUUGAGGGCCAGGACCGUGCAGCUGAGCACGAGCGAGUGGCAUGGGGGCGCACCCCAGCCUCGCCGCGCGCCGGGAGGCCCCCAAGCCAACAUGAGUUACACCGGCGAUUACGUGCUUUCGGUGAGAACACCGAGUGACGAUCUGUUGCUUCCCCUGAGGUGGCUACAAAGAAAGGAAGCCGGGGGAGGAGGAGGGGGGAAGGAAAGGGGGGAAAAAAAAGCCGGGACUAGCUCGCAGCUUGUCAAUUUCAACAUCGGGUCACAUGACCAGCACCUCCCUGCUAAGGAUGGGGAUAGAUUUCCACGUCAGCUUACGUCUCCAAAUUUCUACUUCACCGAUCCGCUUCAAAGAGGCAGCUGCAGUGGAGAAUCAUGUUAAGCUCGGCUACUGCGGAGAGCCCAAGGUCCAACCCGUGCGCGAAGUGACCUUCAGAGAGUACGCCAUUGAGCCCGCCACUAAAUGGCACCCCCGCGGCAAUCUGGCUCACUGCUACUCCGCGGAGGAGCUCGUGCACAGAGACUGCCUGCAGGCGCCCAGCGCGGCCGGCGUGCCUGGAGACGUGCUGGCCAAGAGCUCGGCCAACGUCUACCACCACCCCACCCCCGCUGUCUCUUCCAAUUUCUAUAGCACGGUGGGUAGGAACGGCGUCCUGCCACAGGCUUUCGACCAGUUUUUUGAGACGGCCUACGGCACCCCGGAAAACCUCGCCUCUUCCGACUACCCCGGGGAAAAGAGCGCCGAGAAGGGGCCCCCGGCGGCCGCGGCGACGUCCGCGGCGGCGGCGGCGGCGGCGGCCGCGGCCACGGGCACUCCGGCAACUUCAAGUUCGGACGGCGGCGGCGGCGGCGGCGGCUGCCGGGAGGCGGCGGCAGCAGAGGAGAAGGAGCGACGGCGGCGCCCUGAGAGCAGCAGCAGCCCCGAGUCGUCUUCCGGCCACACUGAGGACAAGGCCGGCGGCUCCAUGCGCCUCUCCUGCCGGGGACCAGGACAGUUGUGCCUUGGUGCUCAGGGAGAGCCCAAGGUAGGGGGCUUCGGCUGCCACCUCCUCACCUCGCGAGGCUGCUCAGAGAGGUGGCCAACGCACGCGAAAAAAGCGCUGCCCCUACACCAAGUACCAGAUCCGGGAGCUGGAGCGGGAGUUCUUCUUCAGUGUGUACAUCAACAAAGAGAAGCGCCUGCAGCUGUCUCGCAUGCUCAACCUCACCGACCGCCAAGUCAAAAUUUGGUUUCAGAACAGGAGAAUGAAGGAAAAAAAAAUUAACAGAGACCGUUUACAGUACUAUUCCGCCAACCCUCUCCUUUAAGGCUCUAGCUAGCUGAAAUUGGGUGGGGGGCUUCCUACACAUGAGAUUAUAUGCAGAUUUUGCCCUUGACAAGGUCAAGACACAUGGUGACUUUUGAAGAAAGGAGGUGUGCAAGAGGGAGGUGGCUACCCAGAGAUAGCCCCGAAGGAGGUGGCCGGAACUCUCUUGGGCGUCUGUUGUUACUAUUCCUAACAAUUGGAUUUGGAGUUCUCAUUGUGAGAAUGAAUGGUUUGGGACCCCUGGUGGUUCAGUCUUGGAGACUCAGGAGCUUUAGGCUGGGUGUGGUCUCCAUCAGGGACUGGGACCCCCGCCAGGCUUCUGGAGAUCGACCCAAGCCCAGGACCCUCCACAUGGAGCCUGCUCACCCCCAGGACUCCUGCGCCAAGAAGCUAUUCGAUCUCCAAAUCCAGUUCAGCAUGGGGACAGGAGAGGGAGGAAGGGGAGGGAUUCCUCGACAUCCGAAAUGGGGCUGCUUUCCAAAGCUAGUGUGAAAGACUGCUGGACUAAGAGGUGGAUACGAGGUGGGAGAGGGCUGCUGAUCCUUGAGGGAAGAAAGUCUACUAUUCCGGGUGUCAUUUAGUGGCUCUCCACCUCUCCUAGCCACUCACCACACUGUCCCAAGCCGGAACUUCUGGUAGUCGCCUCCUGCAGCCCACCUAGUUUUUCCUCCCAAUGAGGGUCUUUGACCUGGCCUGCCAAUCAGGCCCAGAGCCUGGUUGCAGAGCAGACUGUUCCCGAGGUGGAAGUCAUCAAAAAGCCAAGAGGCUGCUCCCAGGCCGCUGGCCCCAACAUCCCUGCAGGAAAUGCCUGUGGAGUGCGGCAGCCUGGCAAAGUCUCCGCCACACUUGAUUGAAACUUGGAUUUGCUCAGCGGAGCAGCAGGCCUGGCCCCCGGUUCCUAGCUAUGAAGGGCUCAAGUCCCUCAAAACACCCGGUUCCAACGCUGCACCCUGCCUUUUACCACCCCAGAACUGAGCUUAGAAGCUUCCGGUGACCUUCCAAGAGCCGGAGAGCAAUUUGGAAUUAUUUUAAAAGAUAAAUAUUAUAUUAUAUAUAUAUUUCCCUGCAGGAACCAAAGCGAAUUUUAAAAGAUGCAAUGUAGAGGGGGAAAAAAGAUGAAAAUAUUUAAAGGCUCUAUCUGUUUACAGUGUUCCACGGUUAAACUCACUCACUGCUAAGAAUAUUUGAAUGUAUGCUUCAUACAGGGAUGGUGUUCAAACGACUUGUAAAUAAAGGAACCAUAACCUAUUUUCUUUGAAUACAUUUUUUUCUGCCAUUAGUUGAUUUCCUUUCGGGUGUUCAAGACGGCGGGAAGGGCGCUGGGAACGGUAUUUUAAAUUUCUUACAAUGUCUGGAAAGGGGAUGCUCUGAAGUAGCUUGGCCCACCAGGGUCUGUGGACCUCAGCUAAGAAAGCCAGGCAUCCUCCAAUUGAAUCUCCUCUGCCUCCAUGUGUUAAGAAGUGCCUGGGGUCUCUGUUUUAAAGGCUAUUUUGGCCUGUCCUCCCUUCGCAGUCACCCCGUAUAUCGCAGCAUGUAUACAGGUGACAGAGCACAAGGAAAAUAAAGACUUGUGGAAACUUGAGUAUUGGGCCCUGGUGUGUGACAUUCCUCUCCCUGGUGGCCUUUUACUGCCAAAUGUCUGCACCCCCAUCAUCAUCAUCCCCCCACCACAGACACACACACUAGGAAAGGGGCAAGUUACCAGGCCCCUGAGGAGGUGGGGAAGUGACUUAGAAUUUAACUCUGCUAGAAGUCAGGCUUAGGAAGUCAAGGUGACUGGCCAGGUUUUUCUGGGAAGUGGAGUCCCAGGAAUGGGAUAUAUCAAGGUCUGCAAUAUGGAGCUUCAUCCUCGCAGGCUGACCCCAGCCCUGGGAGUAAAACUUGGGGCUGGAGGUGGCCAAUGGGUCUGAUCCAAGGCUAAGCUUGCUCAUAUCAGGACCGAGGGACCUGAACUAGGACCACUCUAAGGUGCUCCGGGAUCCCCUUAGCAAAGGGAAGACCUGUCUGGGUACAGAAAACAGACUCAGGGUCUCUAUAGGCACUUUUCGUGCAGCUCCUGGUUGAGGCUGCAUUUUCCCUUUGGGGAAAGAAAGAUGCUGGUUUCCUUUUUGUUUCCUG